AUGACCAAAGUUGGCCCGUUGGAUUACAAGGCCAUGUUGAAGCCGGGACCUGGCAUGAAUGUUCUAUGUGCGCUGAAAAGGGAUUUUCAUAUAUUUACUUUAAAUUACCCAAGUUUAAGUGGAUUAUAUUACACUAAACCGUGGAUGUCUGAGGGUCCCAACAGUGCUUAUGGUUUCUAUGAUGAUUUCUUUGCACAUGAACUCCGGCCAAAAGUUGUUUUUCCAAGUUUGGAUAGAGUAAGGAAAGGUGACAGUGACCUUGUCAAUAAUAUGUAUGAGCCUGACCCGGAUCUCCUUGGCGGUGACAGCGCAGAAGAAGAGACGGAGGACAGUAUUUUGUCACCCAUCCCCGUAGGACCCCCUUCGCCUUUCCCGACCAGCGAAGACUACACCCCGAAGGAAGGUUCUCCUUACGAGGCCCCCGUCUUCAUUCCCGAUGACAUUCCAAUGCCAUCGGACUUUGAGCUCAGAGAGUCCUCGGUACCCGGGGCUGGUUUGGGCAUUUGGGCCAAGAAAAGGUUGGAGAUCGGGGAAAGAUUAGGACCUUAUAUCAUGACACAGAAGACCACAAUAAAGGAGGCCAACCUUGGAUGGGAGACUAUCUGCCAGAAGACGGACAUGGACUCUCCGGAGUAUGAAGCCAACACCAGGGCACUGAAGGCCAUCAGUAAGUUGGUAAAGCAAUGCAACGAGGGGGCUCGGAAAAUGGAGAGGACGGAACAGAUGUACACGUUACAAACUCAACUGGAAUUUGGGAAGAUAAAGCCCUUCCCCCUGAUCUCCGCCUCCCGCUGGCUCCUGAAGAGAGGGGAACUCCUGCUGAUGGAAGAAUCCGGAAUCUUCCGCAAAGGCUUCGGAAGGCCUUACUACUACCUCUUCCUAUUUAACGAUGUUCUCAUCAUUACGAAGAAGAAGAGUGAUGAGAGCUAUCUGGUGACGGAUUACGUAAAGACGGAUCAGUACGCCAUCGAUGGGAUCGAUAUUGGAGACGGCGGGGUCUCUCCCUCGCUAAAGUCGGGGACUCUUGGAAACCGAAGUCCAGCUGGACCUUAUCCAUUCCAGAUAACUAUGAGGAAGAACAGCGAGGGGCGGCAGGAGCAGAUUUCGCUGGCAACAGAUACACUGAGUGACCGGGCCCGAUGGAUCACUGCGCUGGAGGUCAAAGAAGAAAAUAGGCGUUUUAGCAAAUCCAAGUCGGCAGGAUUGCGCCAGGUGGAGAUUAUAAAGGCCUACAUGGCGAAACAGCCGGACGAGGUUUCCCUGCAGCAAGCGGACGUAGUCUUGGUGCUUCAGGAGGAAGACGGUUGGUAUCAGGGUGAACGACUCCGGGACGGAGAGCGCGGUUGGUUCCCAGAGACCUGUGCCAAAGAAAUCACUAGUCAGGUAGCGGUGGAGCGCAACGUUAAACGUAUGGAGAGGCUGCGGAUUGAAACCGAUGUCUAGCCGGACUAACAGAUUGUAUCGAACUGACACCCCGAGGUGCGCGAUUGCCACUCCCGGUACUACCGGGCUGCCCCUGUGGACUCCAGUCAACAUUUGGGAAUAUCGAUGAGCCGUGGUACACAAUUGAUUUCAACUUUUUUUUUUCUGUGAAGAUUUUUUUUUUUUUUUUUUUUUUAGAAUGCUUUUUUUUUUAUUAACCCAACCAACACUGGAAGGGAUAUCAGGAGAACCACCAAUACGUUUCUUACCUCUAUUGUAUCACAUUGCCGCAUAUUCAGCAUGACCUCUGUUCCUCUAGAGCAGGGGUCUCCAAACUUUCCAAACAAAGGGCCGGUUUCCUGUCCUUCAGACCUCUGAGGUGCCGGACUGUGGUCAUUGGGAAUAGAAAGAUCCCGACAUCAGUGAAAUUGUGCCCUGUGAUUGGGAAGAACUGUGCCCCAUCAUUGGGUUAUUGGGCCCAUUUGUUGGUGUAAUUGAAAAGACUGUGCCCCAUCCUUGCAGUUUUUGGGCCCAUUUGCUGGUGUCAUUGGGAAGAACUGUGCCUCACCAUUGUGUUAUUGGGCCCAUUUGUUGGUGUAAUUAAAAGGAUUGUGCCCCAUUCUUGGGGUUAUUGGGCCCAUUUGUUAGGGCACAGUUCUUCCCGCUGACACCAAAAAAUGGGCCCAACACCAUCAAUGAUAGGGCACAGUUCUUCCCAAUAACACCAUCAUUGGUGGUGUUGGGCCAAUGUGUAGGUGUCAGUGGGAAGAACUCUGCCCCAUUAUUGGGCCCAUUUGUUUGUGUCAUUGGUGAUAUUGGGCCCAUUUGUUGGUGUCAUUGGGAAGAACUGUGCCCCAUCAUUGGGCCCAUUUGCUGGUGUCAUUGGGAAGAA